UUGUUCCAUCACUACUGGCGUUUUCAUUUCUUUCCUUUUCUCUUAAUCGGAGGGCAAGAAGAAGGUUAUGAAUCUCUCCACUCACCUUCUCCAACUAGGGCUUUGAGUUUUACUCCGGUGAUCCUCGCGCCCGCCAUUUUGACGCUCCCGAGCCUAUUAUUUUCUUUCGAGGGUGGCGGAUUUCAUGUUCUGAUCUGAAUCACAAUCCAACCAUGGCUUCGCCGCAGAACCAACCGGCGAAUGUGGAUCUAUUCGAUGCGUAUUUCCGGCGAGCUGAUUUGGACCGCGAUGGCCGGAUUAGUGGCCAAGAAGCCGUCCCUUUCUUCCAGGGCUCCGGUUUGCCCAAACAGGUCCUUGCUCAGAUAUGGGCAUAUGCUGACCAGAGACAGGCCGGGUUCCUUGGUCGGGCUGAGUUCUAUAAUGCCCUUAAACUGAUUACUGUGGCGCAAAAACGUGAACUAACCCCAGAUAUUGUGAAAGCUGCACUGUAUGGCCCGGCUGCAGCGAAAAUACCUCCACCGCAAAUAAAUCUUGCGGUCACACCUCAACCUCAUCCUGGUUCUGCUCCAUCAGCAUCUACCACUCCGACUCAGAGUAAUGCUGUCACUCCGGCAUUAUCCCCAAAUACUGGAUUUGGGGGGCCACAAGUUAAUGUAAGUGUGAACCAGCAUCUUUCUCAGGAAAGUAAAUUAAUGAAGCCUCCACUACCCACAUCCGCUUCACCUUCUCAACUGACUGUUUCCAGCCAAGGAUUUCCUAGGGCAGGUGCUGUGGCAGGGCCUCGUCCUCUAAGCUCAAGUGUAUCAAGUGGUUGGCCCAGUGGAAGUACUGUUGGAACCCCUGCAGUAACAUCACAAGUUCAAAAUAUAGGGACUAACCCCUCCGCAAGUUUGGAUGGGUUUGGGCUGGCAACUUUAGGGCCAACAACUUCCCUACCACCUAGGCCGCAAAUAACUUCUGGGAUGAAGCCACUAGGGCCUCCAGCUAAGGAUACUAAAGAAGUGAAUAUAUCUGGGAAUGGGUUUGCUUCUAACUCAUCUUUUGGAGGUGAUGUGUUUUCUGCAACCCCAUCACAGCCAAAGCAAGAUGCUUCUGUUAAUGCAUUUACUGCACGCAGUUUACCUGUCCCACCGGCCCUUGUUCCAAACACUGUUGGGUCCCAGCCUGCAGUUAGACCGACCACCCUUGAUUCAACACAGGGUAUACCAACACGUCAAACAGCUGGUGUUCAGUUUCAGUCAGCCCAGUCAGCUGCAAGACCAAACGGGGAGCCUUCAGCUCAGACUACUUCUGUAUCUUUACCUGGAGUUUCACCUACACCUGGCAACUCUGCAACCAGUCAGCCCCAAUUGUCAUGGCCUAAGAUGACUCCGACUAAUGUUCAGAAGUAUACAAAAGUAUUUGUUGAAGUAGACACAGACAGAGACGGGAAGAUUACUGGUGAACAAGCACGCAAUCUAUUUCUUAGUUGGAGAUUGCCUAGAGAGGUUUUAAAGCAAGUGUGGGACUUAUCCGACCAGGAUAAUGAUAGCAUGCUAUCACUUAGGGAGUUUUGUAUUGCUUUGUAUUUAAUGGAGAGGUUUAGGGAAGGACAUCCUCUUCCAGCAACUCUUCCAAGCAACGUCAUAUUUGAUGUUUCUAAUAGUGUUCAACCUACUAGUAACUACAGCAAUGUUGGCAAUGCAGCUUGGAAACCAUCUGGUUUUCAGCAGCCAGAUGUUGUGCCUGGCCCUGGUGCUCGGCACAUGAUGCCUCCAGUUGGACCGAGACCACCAGUACCUGUUGCUCUUCCCCAGGCUGAUGAGGAGCCAUCAGUCACUCAGCCAAAAUCAAGAGUUCCGGAGUUGGAUAAACACUUUGUUGAUCAACUCAGCACGGAGGAGCAGAAUUCGCUCAAUACAAAGUUUAAAGAAGCGACAGAAGCAGAUAAAAAGGUAGAGGAACUGGAGAAAGAAAUUAUGGAAUCAAGAGAGAAAAUCGAGUUUUACCGUACAAAAAUGCAAGAACUUGUUCUCUACAAGAGUAGGUGUGACAAUCGUGUUAAUGAGAUCAUGGAAAGGUCAUCAGCUGAUAAAAAAGAGGUUGAGUCCCUGGCGAAGAAAUAUGAAGAGAAAUAUAAACAAAGUGGAGAUGUAGCCUCCAAGCUAACUAUUGAAGAAGCUACAUUUCGCGAUAUCCAGGAGAAAAAAAUGGAGUUGUACCAGGCUAUUGUUAAGAUGGAACAGGAUGGCAGUGCUGAUGGAGUUCUUCAGGCUCGUGUUGAUCGUAUUCAAUCAGAUCUUGAUGAACUUGUGAAAUCCCUCAACGAGCGUUGCAAGAAAUACGGAUUACGUGGAAAACCCAUAACUUUGACUGAGCUUCCUUUUGGCUGGCAGCAUGGGAUCCAAGAAGGAGCUGCUGACUGGGAUGAAGAUUGGGACAAGUUUGAAGAUGAAGGAUUCACUUUUGUCAAGGAGCUCACCCUUGAUGUGCAGAAUACCAUAGCACCUACAAAACAAAAAUCCACAUUGUCUCAAAUUAAAGAAGCCUCAGUAGUUGAGAGUCCAAAAGCUGCUGCUUUACCUGAUUUGGAUACCAAAUCUGAUAAGCAGGAGAGCGUGGAUGAAGAACGGGUUGUUGAAAAUGGAUCUGCACAUUAUAACAAUGAGGACUUGGCCAAAAGUGCUCCAAACAGUCCAAUUGGAAGCAGUGUUGUUGGAAGUCCAUCUGGAGAAUUUUCAGAUUUUGGAAAGACAUUUGGUUCAGAGGCCUCACCUCGUGAUAAGGAAACUAGUGAUCUUGGUGGUGCUGGGUCUCUAUUUUCUGGUGAUAAGAGUUUUGAUGAACCAGCAUGGACAUUUGACACUAAUGAUGACUUGGACUCGGUAUGGGGUUUUAACUCGGUUAGUACCAUGAAGGAUAACAAGGAUCAUGAGAGAAAUGGUGACAACUUCUUUUUUGGGGAUGGGGAUUUCGGCCUCAAUCCUAUUAGAACUGGGUCCUCCCCCAAAACCAGUGCUUUCUCACAGAACAGCCGGCCCUUCAGUUUUGACGAUUCUGUUCCUAGCACACCCCUCUACAAUCUAGGCAAUUCACCACCAGGAUUCAAGGAGAGUUCAGGACCAUCUUUUGACAGCUUCUCAAGGUUUGAUUCCUUCAGGAGCACGCAGGACAGUGGAUUCUUUCCUCCUCCAAAUGAUACAUUUUCAAGAUAUGAUUCAAUGCGUGGCAGUAGAGACUUUGACCAAAGUCAUGGAUUUCCAUCAUUCGAUGAGCCGGACCCUUUUGGGUCAUCAGGACCGUUUAGGACAUCACUGGAUAGUCAAACUCCAAGAUCAGACCCUUUUGGGUCUUCAGGGCCGUUUAGGACAUCACUGGAUAGUCAAACUCCAAGAUCAGACCCUUUUGGGUCUUCAGGGCCGUUUAGGACAUCACUGGAUAGUCAAACGCCAAAAAAAGGUGCUGACAGUUGGAGUGCAUUUUAGUUGGGUAGUUCUGCUCUUCUUUGUGUUUGCUUCUUAUUCAAAGCGACUUACUACUAGAGCCGUAUAUAGAUGAUAUGCCAUCGUCGUGGGGCUGUUUUUCCCUCGCUUGAUACAUAUAUAUAUUUAGUAUGCCGCCACUGAUUGUGAUGUAAUUUUGUAUUCACCUUGUGUAUUUUCCCCCCUUUUUUCAAUUUUUUAUUUGUUGAGAUGGAAAUUUCCUUUUGAUUUUUGAGCAUUACUUCGGUACACUAAUGAAUAUAUUUCCUAUUGAGUUGUGCCACAUUUUUUCCACAAUAAAAUCUCCUCUGAUUUUGUUCUA